AUGAGGGAGAAGAUGUGGAUAUUUUACAGUGCCGACAGUUCAAAGUGUCUUUUCUCUAUUUGGAAUCAGUGGCGUUUGUAUUACGCAGCAGUGGCGUGUUUGUUGUUUUCUCCUGUCAGGACGGAUCAUACUUGCCCGUCGUCCUGCAUCUGUGCCAAAGACUCGGGGACAGUGACCUGCCGUGAUGGGGAGGACACCGAGGUGCCGGGAGACAUACCGGAGUGGACGUCCACCUUGAUACUCAAGGGGAGAAACAUUUCAACUUUACAGCGUGGUGCGUUCAUGAGCAACGGGACGGAGUUGCAAAUGACGACACUCUCACUGUCCUAUAACGGGAUACAGGCUAUUGAACCUUACGCCUUCCUGGGACUUCCCCGGUUGCAUGUGCUGGAUCUGAGCCACAACCGGCUGGAGUUGAUCUCAGCCAGGGCUUUCCACGGGUUACUGGAGCUUCGCUCUCUUUACCUAAACCACUCUGUUUUACCGCAGGCCACGGAGCAGCUCUCAGGUGCGCUCAACACUCAAAGUUUGCUCAACCUCCACAGACUGGAGUUAGCAGGAAACGCGCUGAAGUCAAUUCCCUUGGUGCGAUUAGAUUUGCAUAAUCUCCACGCAUUAGUUCUCAUAAAUAACUCAAUAGAGAGCAUAGGGGCGGGAAAUGUUACCAUUUUGUACCAGCAGAAGCGCGUGCGCGUCUACUUGGCGUUAAACCCUUUUCGUUGCAACUGUGAACUUGAGGCGUUUUACUACUGGUUGAAGAACUCAUCCCAGUGCCCGGAUGCAGGGCGUCUCCUGUGCAGCGAGCCGGAGACCAAGAAGGGGGUUCCUGUGGAGAAGCUCCGGGAAGAGGACGUGGAUUGUAUGAACGAGAACCUCGAGGCGGUUUCAUACGUGUUCCUCGGUCUGGUGUUGGCUCUGAUCGGGGUGGUGUUUCUUAUGGUGCUGUAUCUGAACCGGGGAGGCAUCAAACGGUGGCUCAACAACAUCAGAGAGGCGUGUCGGGACCAGAUGGAGGUCUACCACUACCGCUACGAGCAGGACUCGGACCCGAGACUGGCCAACGUGGCUGUUUAA